AUUGCUGUUUCUUCUUAUAUAGCAGAAACCUUGGGAAGAGAGUUAGAGCAAAUAAACAAAGAUGACCAAAAACUCCAUCGAAUUCGAUCCUUACAUCGAGCGUAAAGCUUUCGACGAGACAAAACAAGGUGUAAAAGGCCUCGUGGACGCUAAAAUCACUCAAGUCCCACGUAUCUUCCACCACCCUCAGGAUAUCUUAACCGACAAGAAACCCUCUGUCUGUGUUUCAGACCUAGAGAUCCCUAUCAUCGAUUUUGCAAGCGUCCACGUGGACACAGCGUCACGUGAAGCCGUCGUAGAGAAAGUCAAAUAUGCGGUGGAGAAUUGGGGAUUCUUCCAGGUGAUCAAUCAUGGUAUUCCUUUAAACGUUCUUGAAGAGAUUAAAGAUGCAGUUCGUAGGUUUCAUGAGGAAGAUCCUGAGGUCAAGAAAUUAUACUUCUCGCGUGAUGACGCCAAUAAAAAAUUUGUGUAUAACAGUAACUUCGAUCUAUACGGUUCUUCGCCGUCUGUUAAUUGGAGAGAUUCUUUCUCUUGUUACAUAGCUCCAGAUCCUCCAGCUCCUGAGGAGAUCCCUGAGACUUGCAGGGAUGCUAUGUUUGAAUACUCGAAGCAUGUGUUGAGUUUAGGUGGUUUACUAUUUGAGCUUCUUUCAGAAGCACUAGGUUUGAAAUCAGAGACCCUUAAGAGCAUGGAUUGCCUGAAGACUUUGCUUAUGAUCUGCCAUUAUUACCCACCUUGCCCACAACCUGACCUAACUUUAGGGAUAACUAAACACUCAGAUAACUCCUUCCUCACGCUUCUUCUCCAAGACAACAUUGGUGGUCUUCAAAUUCUUCAUCAAGACUCUUGGGUCGAUGUCUCUCAUCUCCAUGGAGCUCUCGUCGUCAACAUUGGAGAUUUCUUGCAGCUGAUAACGAACGAUAAGUUUGUAAGUGUGGAGCAUAGAGUGCUUGCAAAUAGACAAGGACCAAGGAUUUCAGUAGCUAGCUUUUUCAGCUCAAGUAUGCGUCCAAAUUCCAGAGUUUACGGACCGAUGAAAGAGCUUGUGUCUGAAGAAAACCCUCCAAAAUACAGAGACAUAACCAUAAAAGAGUAUUCAAAAAUAUUUUUUGAGAAAGGUCUCGAUGGAACGUCGCAUCUCUCGAAUAUUAGGAUAUGAAAAAAAAAAAUGAAAAAAAACGCCAGAUUUUUCUUAAUGAGUUUAUUUGAAUCAAUUAUACUGUUUGUUUCUGACUCUGCAAUAAUUAAACCAAUGUACCAAAAAUAAGAAGAAUACUGUGUGUGUGUGUGUAUGUAUCACUUGUAAAAUGUUAUCAAGUGAUUUAUGUUGUAACUGAUAUCACUAUAGCUAUGAAGAUAUACUCUUAUCUAUUUACAGGAA